AUGGCAAAGCACAAGAAGCGGAAGCUUCAUCCAGAACUCAAGAAGGCGUCCAAACCGCAUUCGCAAUCGAGACCAGCAAAGGCCACGAAAGCGAAGCAACCCGAACCGACAAUUCCCUUCCACGCCGAAGACCGCAUUCUCCUCAUCGGCGAAGGCGACUUCUCGUUCGCAAAGUCAAUCGUAGAGCACCACGGCUGUUGCGACCUAACAGCAACAUGCUACGACUCACAGGAGGAGCUGUUUGAGAAGUACAGGCCGCAAGCAGAAGAGCACGUCAGAUAUCUCGAAGAUGAAGGGCAAGUGGUACUUUAUGGCGUGGAUGCCACGAAAUUGGACAAGGCGAAAGCCUUGAAAAAAGGAGGGCAACUCUUCGAUGUGAUAUUUUUCAAUUUUCCGCACGUUGGCGGGAAGAGUACAGAUGUCAAUCGGCAGGUGCGCUCCAACCAGGAAUUGCUGGUGAAGUUCUUCGGCUCGGGUACAUCUCUGCUGGCGGAGAGGGGUACCAUUGUGGUAACGUUGUUUGAAGGCGAGCCUUACACUUUGUGGAACAUCAAAGAUCUGGCGAGGCAUAGCGAGCUAGAGGUGCAGCGGAGUUUCAAAUUUGUCGCCGAUGCGUACCCGGGCUACAGCCAUGCUCGAACUCUUGGGAACAUUGAAGGCGGCGGAGGUUGGAAAGGUGAGGAUAGGGAUGCCAGAAGCUAUAUAUUCCGGAAGAAAGGUGCUGGAAAAGCGCUCGCGCCAAUGCAGAAACGGGAGCCGAUUGGAGAGAAGAGGAAGCGGAGCAGUGGUGACAAAAGCUCUGACGACGAGGGUUGA